AUGGAUGCAAUGAUACAAAAGCUCCGGAAUUUCGACGCUUAUCCAAAGAUUAACGAGGAUUUCUACAGCCGGACACUCUCUGGCGGCGUUAUUACCCUCGUUUCUUCUCUUGUCAUGUUUUUCCUCUUCAUCUCCGAGUUCAGGUUAUACCUACAUACGGUAACUGAGACGAAGCUUCUGGUUGAUACCGCAAGGGGCGAGACACUGCGGAUCAAUUUUGAUGUUACCUUCCCAGCCAUUCCGUGCUCGCUGCUCAGCCUUGAUGCCAUGGAUAUAAGCGGAGAAAAACAUUUUGAUAUCAGGCAUGAUAUAACCAAGAAACGAAUUAAUGCCCAUGGUCAUGUUAUUGAAGCCAAACAGAGUGGCAUUGGUGCACCAACGAUUGAGAAGCCCUUGCAGAAGCAUGGUGCCAGACUUGAACAUGGUGAAACUUAUUGUGGCUCAUGUUAUGGCGCAGAUACAGCAGAUGAUCAUUGUUGUAACACAUGUGAAGAAGUUCAAGAAGCAUACAGGAAAAAAGGAUGGGCACUUACAAAUGCAGAUAUGCUUGACCAGUGCAAAAGGGAAGGAUUUAUCCAGCAGGUCAAGGAGGAAGUCGGUGAAGGAUGCAAUAUUCAUGGGUCUUUGGAAGUGAACAAAGUAGCAGGGAAUUUUCACUUCAUACCUGGGAAAAGUUUCCAUCAGUCUAAUAUUUUUAUCCACGAUUUACUGGCCUUUGAAAAGGAUAGUUAUAAUGUGAGUCACAGUAUCAAUAGCCUUGCUUUUGGAGACUAUUUUCCUGGUGUAGUCAACCCCCUUGACAGGGUACAGUGGACGCAUGACUCUCCUAAUGGCAUGCAUCAGUAUUUCAUCAAGGUGGUUCCAACCGUAUACACCAACACCAGAGGGCACACUAUACGCUCGAAUCAGUAUUCUGUUACGGAGCAUAUGAGGCAUGUAGACUUCAUCCGUGCCAACUCUUUCCCCGGAGUAUUCUUCUUCUAUGAACUGUCUCCUAUCAAGGUCGUCUAUAAAGAGGAGCACAUUUCGUUUUUACACUUCUUGACCAAUAUCUGUGCAGUAAUAGGAGGUAUUUUCACCGUGGCAGGGAUAGUCGACUCAUUUGUCUACCAUGGCAAAAAGGCAAUCAAGAAAAAGGUGGAAAUUGGCAAGUUCAGAUGA